UCCGCGGUCACACUUGCUCAUUUUUGAGCUAAAGUAAAAUAUUUUUAUAAAAAUUGUAUCCAAUUGGGAAAAGUCGCACCUUGGAAAAUUAUCAAAUGGAUUGAACAACAACAACAGUUGACCGUUAACACUCACGCUGUUUUCAUCCGUAUUUCGUUACCAAUUAAAAUGUCGCAAGCAAAAUAGCACCGUGUUUACAUCAGUAUUUCGUAAUGUCGCAAGCCAAAUAAUAAAUAACAAAUAAACAAACUAGCAAAAUACUCGGCCAAGCAUGGAGGUGUUCCAGACCGAUUCGCACUAUAUAUUCGUGAAGCGCGACAAGAGUUUGUGGUGGAACCGCAAGACGUCAGAGUUUGCCAUCAAAGCGGGAUGGGAUCUGAGCUCUGUGGAUGACAUUGAAUGCAUUGGAGUCACGCAUGGAAUUGUGGGCGUCAUCUCGCUGCCCAAUGUCUACGAUCCGCACCUGGUCGUGAUCAAGGAGGCGACCGCCGUGGGUGUGCUGUAUCCCCCGCACCUCGUGUAUAAGAUCAAGUCGAUUUGCAUACUGAGUGCCGAGGAUCCAGACGCCGAUCUGCCCAACUGCACCAAGCAUACCAAAAGCAACCAGUCCACGCCCACUCACAGCAGCGCCACUGCAGCAGCGCAGAAUAACAAUGUGAGCGCCUCGUCGGGUGGCGGCGGUACUGCCACCGUCUCCGGAUCCUCGAAGAGCACCAAGCUGUUUGAGGGCAUGAAUAAAACGUGGGGCGCUGUAAAGAGUGCUGGGAACACCAUCAAGAACACCACACAGCAGGCAGCAAACCUGGCCACCAAGCAGGUCAAGUCCUCUGUGGGCAUACGGGAGCCGAAGCACAUUGAGCGACGGAUCACCGAGGAGCUGCACAAGAUAUUCGAUGACACGGACAGCUUCUACUUCAGUUUCGAUUGCGAUAUCACCAACAAUCUGCAGCGCCACGAAGCCAAAAUGGAGGAGAGCCAACCGCAGCCCGACGAGAGGUUCUUCUGGAACAUGCACAUGAUCCAGGACAUACUCCAAAUGAAUGAUAAAACAUGGAUACUGCCCAUCAUUCAGGGAUUCGUGCAGGUGGAGCCGUGCGUCAUUGGCAAUGAGUGCUUCACAUUGGCCUUGGUCUCGCGACGCUCACGCCAUCGAGCGGGAACACGCUACAAGCGACGGGGCGUGGAUGAGAAGGGAAACUGUGCCAAUUAUGUGGAAACCGAGCAAAUACUCUCCUUUCGCCAUCACCAAUUGUCGUUUACGCAGGUGCGCGGUUCCGUGCCGAUUUAUUGGAGCCAGCCCGGCUACAAGUACCGCCCGCCGGCCCGUCUCGAUCGUGGUGUGGCCGAAACACAGCAAGCCUUCGAGCUGCAUUUCACCAAAGAGCUGGGGACCUAUGGCCGUGUCUGCAUUGUCAAUCUGGUGGAGCAGAGUGGCAAGGAGAAGCUCAUCGGAGAUGCCUAUGCCGAUCACGUGAUCAAAUACAACAACGAGCUCAUGAUCUAUGUGACCUUUGACUUUCACGACUACUGCCGCGGCAUGCGCUUCGAGAAUGUCUCGGCGCUGAUUGAUGCCGUCGGACCUGAGGCAGGCGCCAUGGGCUUCCACUGGCGCGAUCAGCGCGGCAUGAUCUGCAAUCAGAAAUCGGUGUUUCGUGUGAACUGCAUGGACUGCUUGGAUCGCACCAAUGUGGUGCAAACGGCCAUUGGCAAGGCGGUGCUGGAGUCGCAGCUCGUCAAAUUGGGCCUCUCGCCGCCCUACACGCCCAUACCCGAGCAGCUGAAGUCCCCGUUCAUGGUGCUGUGGGCAAACAAUGGAGACAUUAUCAGCAGACAAUAUGCAGGCACCAAUGCCUUAAAGGGGGACUACACACGGACUGGGGAGCGUAAAAUCAGCGGCAUGAUGAAGGACGGCAUGAACUCGGCCAAUCGCUUUUUCAUACAAAACUUUGCGGACUCGUUUCGCCAGUGCAUCAUCGAUCUGAUGCUGGGCCAACUGAGGCAGGCCGAUGAGCUGCAAGAGGAUGAAGUCCUGGGCACGAUACUGCAGAUACUCAAGCCCGAGACACGUGCGCCCAUCAGGGGUUAUUAUGGUGUGGGCGUGCUGGCACCUGAGCUGAAGUUGCUCGAAUCCAUCGUCACAACCAGCUAUUAUUUGGCCCGCUUUAAGGACUCUUAUCGCCAGGCCACCAUCGACCUGAUGCUGGGCAACCAAGUCUCCUCGGAAUCGCUAAGUGCGCUGGGCGGUCAAGCAGCUCCGGAUGAGAAUGAUGCCACCGAGAAUGCCGAACAUGCCAAAAUGCUUGUGGAGGAUUGUCGCCGCCUGCUGCUGGGCUCUGCUCAGUAUCCCGUUGGGGCCUGGGGUCUAAUCGAUGCAGAUCCAAGUUCUGGGGAUGCCAGCGAAACGGAGGUGGACUCCAUAUUGCUGCUCACCGAUGACUGUUACAUUGUGGCCGAGUACGAUUCGCAUCUGGACAAGAUUGUGCGCUUCGAGAAGGUACAGCUGCAGCAGCUGCGCAUCAUAGAGCUGGGCAUGCAUCAGCAAACGAAAAUGUUCCAGGGCUCGGCCCCGGCCCAUCUCUGCUUGCGUCUGAACUACAGCGUGGACGAACAGGAGGGCUACUUCCACAUGUUCCGCUCGGCCAAUCUGCGCUUCUUCAACAACAUGGCGUACGUGAUCAAGACGCAGGAGGAGCUGGCCGAAUCUCUGAGCUCCAUUGUGGAGAUGUUUCGCAUCGCCUUGGACAAUGCUGGCAACACGGAUGUCCACUAUAUCACGGGCGGGGUGCUGCAGCGGCGGAAAAGCAAGGUGCCCAUGCUGGACGUACCCAAGGGUGGCAUGCCGCGCAACCUUUCCGAAUCUCAGCUGGUGCAGAUCAGCUCCAAGGCUCUGUCCAAUGUGGCCGGUCAGUUCUCGAAAUUGGGUCAGACCUUCAAGAAGCCCUCAUCGAGCUCCGCACAGCAUCAAGGCCAUUUGGCAGCCACAAUCAAUCCCCAAGCAAUCGAAUCUGGGCAGGAAGCGGCGGAGAAGGCUGUAUUCACACUGGGCGGAAAGCAACGGGCCACGAGCACCAGCAGCAGCACGGACACAGAAGACCACGACAACAGUCUGUACGAGCCCGAGGUGGACUCCGAUGUGGAGAUAGCCCUGGAUAAAGGCAACUACAACGAGAAUGCUUUCCUGCCCUCGGUGGGCAUUGUAAUGGGCAGUCAGAAAGCGGAAUCAUCGGACGAAAUUCGACAGCUGGAGCAGAAGGAUAGCAUGUGCAAGACGGCCGAAGAUGUGCUCACUAUUUCCAUUACCUCGGUCACGGAUCAUGUCAGUCUGCCCACAGGCCUGCUGGAGAAUGCUCCACACAUACGACCAAUCACGCCCAAUCCCCAGAUCUGUGUGGAGGCGCACGAAGCCUUCGAGGCGCAGGAUUCUAAGCCGCAGUCCAGUGCCGGGGCCAGGGAUCUUAGCCUGCCGCUGGGACUGCCGGCGGCCCACUCAGACGCCAACAAACUGAAGCAGCUAACCAGUCCCCUCUCGAAGCUGGCCAAGAACAUUGGCCUCAACCUGGACCCCCGCAAGAUAGCCACAAAGUCCGGCGUGCUCUCACCCACUAGCCUGUCGGCCGGCAACUCUCCGCCAGAGCGGGGCCCCAACUCGCGCGAUCAUCUGCUGGAGCUGUGGGAUGCCGAAAAGUGUAAAACCAAAUUGAUCGCCCUAUAAGCAUGGCAAUAACUCAGUAAUACCCGAAGUUCUACACCUAUUAAUGUAUUAGUGCAAGUGAUAUAUAUUUACGAUAGCUGAACGCAGCAAAAAUUUCAAUUGUUCUACUUGUUGUACGAGGCACUUCCAUUCAUAUGAUAUUAGGCAGAGGAAACAGUAUAGUAGAAUGCAGCAACAGAAACGUUUUCAAUAUACUUAGAUGCAUUAGAAGAUUAAUUAUAUAUUUGUGAUUGGUAUAGCACCAGGCUGUAGUAGUAGCAGUUCAAUUUUUGUGUGUUUCGCUAGCGUUUAUUAUGAUAUUAUUAUGAUAUGCAGCUAC